CUCAUGUCAUCUACUUUAGAUGCUAAAGCAUCACUCUCUCUGCUUCAUAACUUCUCAUCAAGUGCCAAAGUGUAUUUUCCCAUAACUCAAUUGUUCUCUUCAAUAUUUCAGUUUAAUUACCCAAGUGUUUGAGAAUUGGGAGAAACCCCAAAACAAAAAUAUAAACCCCAAACAAUAAUUUUCUCUCUCCUCUGAUUUUAUACCCCGUAAUGUGCAUGUUCAAUUUCUACAUUCUAGAGUCGAAAAUUGCCCAAACUUAUUACACGAAAGUUGUAGGUCUCGAAAAGUUAUUGAGUUUAGACCCAAAAAUUACUUGAUUUGGAGUUCGGAGCUAUGAGUUAUGGUCUUUGCAAGUUGGGUGUUGCUACCUUCAUUUUUCUCUCCUCUGUUUUUAUUUCGACAAUCUGUUACCCCAAAUAUCUACAACAUGCAAUCCAAUUUUUCUCUUUGCUGCUGAAUCAAAGUUGUAGAUCACUUCGAGCUAAUGAAUUUGAGCACAAAAAUCGCUCAAUUUGGAGUUCGGAGCUAUGAGUUACGCCUUACACAAGUUCAGCACUACUGCUGUACUUUGUGUUGCGCUGCUACCGUGAUUGGCUUGCUUGCCUUGUUGCUGCCAUUAUUUUGGUAUUCCUUUCCAUAUGAAGGUAUAAGCUAAUUUUUCUUAAUUCCUCAUCUCCUUUAUUCCAAUUCAAGUGUGGUGCAAUUGGAUUUUAUAUUCUGAUUUUAGAAAUAAACUUGGUUCUCAAUUUUGUUAUUGAUUAGCAAAUAUAAUUAUGAUAAGAAUUGUUAAACUUAAAGAUUGAAUAUUUUAUCUUUCUUAUUGGAUUGAAGCUUCUAAUAUGAAGUAAGCCUCUUAAGUAAGUUUAUAAAAACUGAUUUUUAUAAAUUAUGUCGUUUGAUAAUACUCUUUGAAAUCAGAAUGAUGUUAAUUAGAGAUGGAAUUGAUGUUGUGAGUUGGAUAUAUAGAAUGGGUUGUAUAUAAGAGUUGUGGUGGUUAGUUCAUGGAAGAGCUUAGAAAGUAUGAGUAAUUCAAUUUGUUUAUCUAAAUUGUUGUGAGGAUGGUUAAUGAUUGUUGUUAUUGUUUUGAGGUCGUUGUUGGAGUAUGUAUAUGGAGAUAAUUAUGAAGUUCGAGCUAUAGUUGGUUAUCCAGAAUGUCGAAUUAUUGGGAAUCGUUUAAAGGGUUCAUUGUUAGUGAUUUUGCAGGGUUGAUGUCGAGGUCUUGGAAUAUGAUUAUUGAUCAAGAAGAAGAUUUUUAUGUUAUGAAAUGGUGGGCUGAGGUUAAAGUUAGAUGUUUUGUUUCAAAGAAAUCGUAAUCUGUUAUUUGAUUUUCAAGUUGUUAUAUUAUGGGCCCCUGACCUACAGAUCCAGGAUCGUUUUUAUAGGUUUUGUUUCCGAUGUAAAUAAAUGCAAAUUCGAGGUUUGUUAAGUGUUGAUUGUGUUUUGUGUAUAUUAAUUUUGAUUAGUUAGCAGCUCGGAAGUGCGGGCUGUUACAUGUAUUGUGAAGCAAUGGAGGUUCGUGCAAAUGAUGAGAAGGAGAACGACGCGAAGUCAGUAAGGUAUGUGAGGACACUUGAAACCGAUUUUUCUGUGGAAGCUAUAUACCAGAGGAUAUAUACUGACAAUAAAUUUAAGGAGGUUCAAAGAGAGUGUAAUAGGUCCUUAUAUCUGAAUGUCCAGAGGAAGAAUGUAGUUUCAUAUAAUGUUUUGGAACAUUUUGUUCAAGAUAGGGUGUGGAUAAGAUGUAAGGACACAAGGAAAGAGAUUGUUUCCAGAAAAAAGGAUAUACAAGGUUACAUUUGACUCUAGUACGAAGGAUGUAAGUUAUGCAUGCAAGUUAUUUGAGUGCAAUGGAAUCAUGUGUCGUCACAUGAUAUUUGUAUAUGAGAUUCAUGACUAGUUAGAGGUUCCAGAUAAAUAUAUUUUGAGGCGGUGGAGGAAAGAUGUGCAUAAAAAACAUACGAGGGUUAAGGUGGCUUAUCACGACCCAUCGAAAACAUAUGAGGUUCGUAGAUAUGAUUACAUUUUUGACCAAUUUGUUCCAAUUCGUGAGAAGGCUUCAAAGUUUGAGGAGAAUAUUGCUGUUGUAGUAGAAUUUUUUGACCUCAUGAACUUGCGGGUUGACGAUACAAGUGAAAUAGUAAUGAGGCAAAUGCUUGAAGGGGAGACUCCCAGCUCUGUGGCUAACAAGAAGAAUAAUGAGUUGGGUCCUCCAUCUGCGGAGCAACAGUCAAAGGGUAAAAAUGUGAAGAAGAAGGGGAAAGAUGUUGUGGAUGCACCCUUGCAUAAUGUGAAAGAUCCACCUUGCAAGAAGGUUGCGCAUCGAACUCGAAGUGUUCGGUAUGUAUCUGUUGCAGAAGAAGCAAAGAGAAAGAUAGAUUCUAAAGCUAAGGCAAGCAAGUCGAAGGCGGCUAACAGACCUAGGAGGAAGAAGGUUGAUUUGAAUGUCGCAGUUGUUACACCGAGCUCUAAGGUGUUGAACUUGAAUGGUGUAGGCUAAAGAGAAUUUUCAGGGAUGACGGCUACACUAAGUGCGGGGCCACAGGAGAUAAAUAUGGACGAUCCAGAUUUUGCUAUCUCCCUUAGUGGUAUUGAGUUGGUUGAUGGAGAUGGUUCUAUAGGAUAUUUCACACUAUUGUUAGGGAGUCGCGACGGUGAAACAAGUAGAUAGUACGUUGCUUCCAAUAAUAUGCUUGAUUUGAGCAUGGGAAGAAUGUGAAGAAAUGGGCUUCCAAGUAUGAUAUGCUUGAUGGGGACGUAAUCUACGUAGUUAUUAAUUAUUUGGAAGGUUAAGAUUCUAAAUGCAAGUUGGAAAAUUUUGACAUGGAUUAUGUUUCAUUCCCGGAAUCGCCAUAAUUGGUUAUGUGAAGUUCCAAUAUGGUUAUGUGAAGGUCCAAUUAGUAUAUGUAACUCAUAACUUACGUGAAGAUCCAAUUAGUAUAUGUAACUCAUAAGUAAUGUAUUAUAUGUUUGUU